AUGAGCUCUAGCGAUGACGACAUUGUACAGCGCACCACGGCGGCCAAACGUGAGGCUGAAAAGCUUAAAGACAAGAUAAAACGCAAGAAGGAUUCCUUAGCAGAUACCACGCUUCCACAAGCAGCAAUGGAGGUCGAAUCCCUACCAAGAUUGACGAUGAAAGUACGACGUACAUUAAAAGGCCAUUUAGCCAAAAUAUAUGCCAUGUGCUGGGCAGCAGAUAGGCGGCAUCUUGUUUCAGCAUCACAAGACGGAAAACUACUGGUCUGGGACGCAUACACCACCAACAAACUGUUCGCGAUACCACUACGAUCAUCAUGGGUUAUGACCGUUGCAUACAGCUUGUCAGGCAACCUCGUUGCUUCUGGAGGUCUCGACAACAUUUGCUCAGUGUACAAUCUUCAGUCGCGUGAUGGUCCAAAACAGCCUGCGCGUGAAUUAUCGGCACACACGGGCUAUUUAAGCUGUUGUCGGUUUAUUACUGACAAUCGAAUUGUGACGUCCAGCGGUGAUACGACAUGCAUCCUUUGGGAUAUAGACGCUGGCCAAAAGCUAGAAGAGUUUGCUGAUCAUACGGGUGAUGUGAUGAGUUUAUCGGUAUCACCCAAUCCCAAUAUAUUUUGCUCUGGUGCGUGCGAUGCAACGGCCAAAAUAUGGGACAUCCGUUCAAAAAAAUGCGUGCAAACCUUCAGUGGACACGAAUCAGACAUCAACGCAGUGCAAUUUUUCCCUGACGGUAACGCUAUAGGAACAGGAUCGGACGAUGCUAGCUGCCGCUUAUUUGAUUUACGAGCGGACCGCGAGCUCAACAUCUUUACACACGAACAAAUCUUUUGCGGUAUCACCUCGAUUGCCUUUUCAAUAUCUGGUCGACUGCUGUUUGGCGGUUACGAUGAUUACAAUUGUCACGUAUGGGACACGCUGCGAGGCGAUCGUGUAGGGAUAUUAAAUGGACACGAGAAUCGAGUGUCAUGUCUAGGCAUUUCAAGUGAUGGAAUGGCACUGUGCACUGGCAGUUGGGACCAUCUGCUCAAGGUAAUUUGUCACAACACUCUCCUUCCAAACGUAUAUAACCACAUUGAUAACACUAGCUGUAUUCUAACUGCAAUUAUCCAAUAA